CUCUACAGCUCGGUGGAGUUUGGAAGGAGAUGGCAGGUGGUUCACGAGAGAGUGGCUCCCAAUCGCUUCUACUGGUCGAAAAUGGGUUUGGACAAAGAGCCGGGCUUAAUUCACCUGGAAACCAGCAUCUCUGAAGGACAGGCACUGUAUGUCACCUGCAAGCUGCAAAACUGCACAGAUGCCAACAAGGGCAAACCAUUCCCGGGCUACAUUGACCCCAAUUCUCUGGUGGUGCAAGAUGAGUAUGUGUUUGUCCAGGUGUCAGCCGCGGGGAGGCCAAUCUACUAUGUGUCUGCUAAAAGAGAUGUCUUCACACCAAUGAAGCUACCCAAGUACACACUGCCCAAGGACCUGCAUGUGAUCAGCACAGAUGAGAACCGUGUGGUUGCGGCAGUACAGGAGUGGAACCAGAACGAAACCUACAACCUGUACGUGUCGGACACGUCGGGGGUGUACUACACCUUGGCUCUUGAGAACGUGGUCAGCAGCAUGGGCCACGAGGGUAACGUCAUGGUGGACCUCUAUGAGGUGGCUGGAAUAAAGGGGAUGUUCCUCGCCAACAGAAAGAUGGAUAGCCAAGUGAAGACACACAUCACCUACAACAGAGGCAGAGACUGGAGCCUCCUGCAAGCCCCGACCAAAGACCUGAGGGGCAACAGCAUCCACUGUGAGCUGCCCUACUGUUCAUUACAUCUCCAUCUACACGUCUCCGCAAAUCCCUACACAUCUGGAAACAUAGCCAGCAGGGACUCAGCGCCGGGGAUCAUUGUCGCAUCAG